AAAUUUAUCCUUCAAACCUUCAACCGGCCAGACAGUUUACAUUGUGACCUCCAAAAUUUUGCUUUUUCACAGAAACGAAUGCCAUUAACAGACAAGAACUCUGGAAAAUGGCUAGUGGUGAAGGCAGAGACAAAUCUGUUGCGGAAUGGCGAAAGAGAGUUCUCAAGGGAGACUUCGUUGAGGUCGUCAAGUGCUGGAAAAAGGAUCAAGGGUCUCUGAGUCUCGUUACGGUUGUUUCAAUCAUUGGCAAUUCAACCACGUUUAUUUCAAAUUCCAAGGAUGACAAAUUUGACGUCAGUGGAUGGGCAGAGUUUAUUGCAUUUUGCUGCCAGUUUAUAGCUGAAUUAGAUGACCUCACAAAGACACACAAUGAGAAAGAUCUCUUCAUAAAGAUCUUGACCAACAUUUACUACAACCUGUACCACGAUGUGUACGGCAAAGGACAUUUUGACGAGGCUUCAGUAAUUUGUCAGCAUUUACUCCGCCUAGCUAAACGCGUCAACGAAGUGGAUGAGGAUAAAAGGAAAACGGAGUUAAGGAAAAAAUUCCUCGAGCUAGGCUCCAUUGCAUGGAAUACUGCGUUUAAGCUGCAAGAUGCUCAUGGCUGCCCUAAAAUUGACCUCUGCGUCACAUCUAUUGAACUGAGCGUCACACUUGAUGCAACCAGUACUCCCACUUUCUGUGAUAGAGUUAUUAGAGCCUUAAGAUCAUGUAGAAAAAAUUUGCCUCACUUGAAAGACCUUCUGGAAGCCCUGACAAAAACUUGUGAGCCACUGAUGACUUUUAUCCUGACAAAUGACUCUUUCAAGAAACAAUUGGCAGCAACUGUGCAAGACCUUCUCCACAACCUGGAUGUAUCAAAAUCACCUGCUUUUGUUCAAUCAAAACUUGCCGAAGUCAACUCACUUUUUCCUCAGUCCUAUACACAAGAACUCACAAAGUUUACGAAACCAUAUCUUACCACCAGCUUGCUCUUAGCGAAUUCAUCAGAUCCAAAGGACCUAUCUGAACUGAACUCAGCAAUUCAAGAAGAUGACACAAAUACCAUUGCCAACAAUUUCUGCAACUUAUUCAACGCAAACAAGUUGAACAAAAUAGAAGGGACAUCUGAGUUUGUCAGCUCAAUCCAAGAAAUCUGCUACAGUUGCCUGGCACACCUGAGCAAGGAGAUGAAAUUUCAGUUUGUGACUCACAUAUUGCUCAUGUCAAGCGCUCACGUUCCUAAAUCGAAAAAGGUUAACGGAUGGAUAGACACAUGUGGCUCAUCUCUGAACUGGGUUGUUGAUGCGCUGGAAUCGACAGCUGAUGAUCUGGUGGAAGACAAUCCAGACCUCAUUGCCAUUAGAAAAAGUCUAUUGCACAACAUUUUUGUGGUCAGUUGGAACUUUUACAACACUGCCAACUGCUGCCACGAAGCCUACAUUCUGAACAAGUUUUUCUUAAAGCACGCUUUUGAGCUUGCUAAGAUUAAAAGUUUGAGCCAGAAAGAGUAUGAGGAACUGAUGACCACUUUGAAUGAAGGGACAAAAUUCAUUUCCAUCUGCCUUGUUUCUCACAGGCCAGGAAGAGAAAAAGAAAUGGCCAAAGAGGCUUUGAAAGCUGGUGUGAAAUUGCUCAAAUGCUCAGCUAAAGCUGUAGAGUGUUUGCCUCAAAGUAGGUACAAAAAGCUGAUCUUGUGCUCUGUAAAGAAAUGGUGUGAAGUCCGGAUUUUGGCUGCAAAAGUACUGACAGAUAGAACAUCCAGCACUAUUGACAUUAUGAAGAAGUAUGGACAGGAAAUUGAUCCAAUUGCCUUGGAAAUAAUACUUUGCUCAGAAAUUGAAACAUUUUCCCAGGAGAGAAAUGCAAAUGAUUUCCUAAAAGUGUCUCAAGUGGCUUUGGAAACUCUGGAACCAAAGUCCAAAGAUGACCUGCAACAACGUUGGACCAAACUGGCCAUUGCUCAAGCUAAAUGCAAAUCGGACGAUGUUCUGGAUGUGACCACGAGUUGCACACUGGCUCAAGAAGUGAUAAAACUAACGGAAAAAAAGGUUAAAAAAGAUCCAUGUUUGGAAAGUCUGGUUCUCCUAGUUUUGGCAAAUCACCAGGAGUUUCUAAGCAAUCUAAAGGCAAAGCGUCUGAAACACAAGGAACUUGGAGAUGUUCCACUGACUGUUAGAAGCCAGAAAAACAUUUCAGAAGAUGAAAAGAAAACCUGUGAAGUGUGGGAAAAUGCAGUGGAACUAAGCCAACUGGGGCAGGUGCUCUCGUGUCGGCAGGAGAACAAAGACCUGCGGCCACUCUCCCUUGUUGUUAUGUACUGCUCAGAAAUCCUGAAAUUGCGAAUCUCAAGUGAAGACACAUUUAUGCUAGAGCCUGUUCUGCAGGCAUUGGAGGCCUCCGGACUUCAUUUUACCAACGCAGGGCAUGAGUGGUGCGCAAUCAAGUGUUGGAAUUGCAUGUACCUGCUUGCUUCUCUAAUGGAUUGUCCACAGAGUCAACUGAGAGCUCUUGGUUGGCUGAUUCAGAAGUACAAUUUGGAAUCUGACGAUAAACUUGUUGAUUGGUUGUUGAAAACUGGAAGUGAGUUGAAGAAGAAGAUCGCUAAGCAAAGCGAUUUUUCUCUGCAUUUCUUUGACAUUUGCUUGGCGCAGUGCUAUGCUAAUUCUGGCAAACAAUUCGAAGCCGCUCACAUUGUGCUCCGACUGCGGAGAGAGAUUGACCACAAUAAAUAUUUUGUUUACACCGAGAUAAUGUGCCGCACUUUCCUGGUCGCCAGUCAGCUCAUGGGCCUAUUUUCUUGUCGCGAUGAGAUGUCUGAACAACUCGCCAGUGCAUUUGUUAGCAACGUCGCCGCUGCCAAGUUUGCCUUUGAGUGGUCCUCCACCUAUGUCUCGACAACAAAACCUGCAGAUCGAGAUUUGCUGGAUUUGAGGCUUACUGAGCUCAUGAUUUCAAGUGGACUUGUGCUAGCAUACCUAUCUAACAUGAGCUGCGACUACAAAACAUCUUGUUCAACUCUUCAGAUCAUGCUGCAAAAAGUUCAAAAGCUGCACUUCUCCACAAGAGUUGCCCAACUAUUGUCUCUUCUAGGGGAUCUGGAUAUAUUAAUCCCUGACACUGUACAAGUUAAGCAGAGGCUGUUUUGGAAUGAGAAGAUCCUGAAUCUAGGCAUGGCAAUUGUUGGCGAAACCUCCAGCACGGUCAGCAGAGACGCACAUCCAAGUGUCACACCGACUAAAGUUGUGCGGAAGGAACACCAACUUACAGCGUCGUGCUCCGCCAAGUGCCAACUCACCUCGAGCUGCAUCCUUUGCAAGAAUCCGCUCUUCCAGAUCUGCAAGAUGCAUUAUUUGUUCCUAUCUUCAAACAACAAGGAAGGAUUUUGGGCCCUGUUCAGCGAGCUCGAAAAGGCCAACACUUUGCGCACUGACCGACUCACCUCUCUAGCCUGGAACAACAUUGUUAGCGUCACCAACAGAUCGGGCUGGAUGCAAAUGCUGCAGGGUCCGCUUGAAUUGCUCAAACACCGCCAAGUGAUGACCAACGCAGCAAAGAGAGCGGCCAACAGCAAGAGUGCCAAGGAAACUCUGAGUGCACUGAAGGAUGUUUUAGUGUCAAAGGAGCAAAUCAAGAAGCUCACAAUGCCCCUGGCCAGGUAUUUGGAGAACUGGGCCACCGCUGAAGAAGUUGCCAUCGGUAUUCAGCUGCUAGAAGCUGGCCCCUGGAACCCUCAACUGCAAACGAAAAGCUAUUCACUGAGCCCAGAGUACAAUUCAGAAGAGGAUAUUAGUCGGCCAUGCAGUCCAGUGCCGAACAUCGUCCUUCCUAGCAAGCCUCCAAAGCCUCGGAGGAAAGGUCGAAAGCCACUACUCAUCGACGACGAUGAAUCCAUCUACAUUGCUCCUGCAAACGCACCCAAGAUCACUGUGAUAGACUUGUCUGAUUGUGAGGAGUCUCCGGAGCAGAAUGACAGUGGCACUGCAAAGAAGGAAAGACUUGUUCCCAAGAGGAACCUUUUGAAGACGUGCAAGAAACCUGAAAAGUUGAUAGAGGACAGAGACCUGCAGCCAGAUCCCUCUCCAGUGCUACCUACUCGUACAAGCAAGCGGCAACUGAACAAACCCUCUUCAACUGCGUCCAAGACGCCCCUAUUUGCCAAUUCAAAAAAGAAAGUGAUUAUGACUGCAGUAAAGAAGCCUCCCAGCAAGCUUUCCACCAGCUCAAGUGACUCACCAGAUUCUGUUAAACAGCCUGCGAAGAGUGUUACUCGAAAAAGAAUAGUUGACACAGCGGACAGCUCGUCUUCUUCAUCUGAGGUAAUAGUCAACAGGAGAAGGGUGAGGAGGAUCAGUUCAAGCUCACCUGAACCGGAAACUGCUGUGAAGACAAGAUCUCGCAGAAAGUGAUCAGAGUCUGAAGGGGAAAUGGAGGAAUGAGAAUUGUUUGUUUUAUUAUAUGUUCAAUAAAUUAAUAAGAGCGUUUA